AUGUGUGAUUCAUUUGAAGUGACAAAACUUUUUGAUAAUGAAAAUGUAAGUAGCCAUUUGAUAAAACUGGGAUCUUUUAAUAUUCUAUGUGAUGUUCCCUUAAAUCCUGAAGAAAUAUUAAAUUUCAAAAGAGGCACAUCAUCAAAUAGUGGAAAAAAGAAGAAAAAAGAAGAAAUUGAUAAUGAAAAAAAAAAUAUAAAUAUAACAAAUUUAGAAUCUUAUUCUACAUCUAAUAAGCUACUAUUAGAUAUAAGUGUUCUCCCUAUAAAAAUUCAUAUCAUUUUAAUUUCGUGUAGUGAAUGUAUGAUCGGUUUACCAAUAUUGUGCAGAUAUUUUGAUCUAACUGAUACACAAAUAAUUUGCACAAAACCAACAUAUACCUUUUCUAUAAAUGCUGUAAAAAAUUUACAAGGAAAAGAAAAUUAUAUACCUUUUGAAGAUGAUGAUGCUACAAUAUUUGACAUUUUCAAUAGUAAUUCUACUAAUGAUUAUACAAAAUCUGAAUACGAUUUGAAUAAAAAAAAUUUUAAUAAAAAAGAAUAUUUUGAUAUGAAAAUAAAAUUAAAAAAUUCUUUACAUUUAUUAUCCUAUAAAGAAAAAAUAAGUUUUAGACAAAAUGAUGAAACAAUAAGUAUAACAUUGUAUAGUAGUGGGUACUCAUUAGGAAGUUCAAAUUUUUUUAUUGAAUUUGAUUACACAACUAUAUUUAUUAUAAAUAAAAGUUCAUAUAAUAUUAAACGAUAUCCCUCUUUAUUUGAUUCAUCUUGUUUACCAGCUUCUGAUUUCGUCCUUUUUACAUCAUAUUUAAAUAGUGAUAAAAAAUAUUUAGCUACCUCCAAAGAAAAGGAGAGUAAAAAUGAAACCGAAAUAAAAAAGAAUUAUGAUGUCGAAAAUGUAGUAUUAAAUUCCCUACCAAAUGAAAUAAAUCAAUCAGUAAAAAAAAAUGAUUCUAAUAAUAGUAAAAAAAAUUCCAAUGACUUUAACAACUGUAAAGAAACGAAUGAAAAUAUUAAUGAUAAAAUAUCAAAUAAAAUAAAUGUUUGUUUCGAAAAAACAUAUAAAGAUAGCCUAAAUAAAAUAUGCUCGAUAGUUUUAAAAACCAUAAAAAAAAAGGGUUGCGUUUUAAUACCUGUUGAUUUGUGCUAUCUUUACUUUCUCGAAUUAGUAGAACUCAUAGGAGUAAUAAUAAGUAAAUAUUUAACAAAAGAUGAACAAGUAUUAAUUUUUAGUGCUAUGCCAAAUAUAAAUAAUAUUAUACAUCAAGCAGAUUUAUGUGCUGAAUGGGUUGAGGAAUCAAAAAAAAAAAAAUGUAGCCAAAUAUCAAACCCUCAAGGUCCUUUUUCUAUAGACAUUAUGAUAAAAAACAACCGAUUAAUUGUUGAAAAUUCAAUAAAUGAUAUUUCCAAAAAUUUUAGAUAUCCAUGUGUUUGUUUUAUUCAAGAUAGUACACUUAGAUUUUCUGAAGCUAAUAUAUUAUUAGAAAAAUGGGGAAUGGAUCAAAAUAAUUCUAUUAUUUUACUUGACCCUUAUUAUGAUCCUAUUUCUGUAUUAUAUCCAUACAAAAUUUAUGAAAAACAUAUUAAUGUUUACUAUUGUCCCCUUUGUUGGGAUUUAAACGAAAUGAAUAUCCUUCAUAUUAUUAAUACAAAUAAAAAUAAAAACUGUGUCUAUUUAUUAUCUCAUAGAUUGGAAAAUAUAUUUUUGAAAGCUCAGGCAAAUACGUAUUUAAGCAAAGGGGAAGAAAAAAGCAAUAACAGUAAUGUUAAAGAUUCUAAAAAUAGUAACGAUGGAAGUAGAAAUCCUAAAAUUCUUGAGCAUUCCACUGAAAAAAUACACAAUAUCGAAAUAAUGUUCCUUUUAAAAAAUAAUAUCAUAUUUAUUCAUUCUUUAGAAAAAAAAAAAAUUAUUUAUAACAAUUUUUUACAUUUAAAAAAGAAAAUGCAACCAAUAUGCUUCACAUCAGACGGAGGAAAAAAUCUAGAAAAUGUUUUAAAUCUGAUAGAAAAUAAUUUUUAUGGUGCUGAGACGCAAUGUGCAUAUACAUCAACCCUUUUUGGUGAUUAUAUAAAAGAAGAAGAUAUCCAAAAAUUUAUAGAACAUUCAGAAAUCGAUGAAAAAAUGAAAAAAUAUGCCAUGGACAAUACAUAUAUUCAAGAAGACGAUAAAAUAGAUAAUCUAAAAUCAAAAAACUCCAAAUCAAAGGACUGUGAAAUUCCACUAAUGUUUGGAGCCAUUGAUCAAAAAAAGUUCAUAAAUCUUUUGGUGCAAAGUGGGUACAGUUUAAGUGAUUUAAAAAUAGAUGAGUCAGAUAAUUCGCACGAUACCAGAAAUUCUGACCAAAUAAAGUUUGAUCAAGAUACUAAAAAUUAUGGUAAAUCAGGUAUUUCAGAAUCAAACUAUAUUUGGAGAAUAUUCAUCGAAUCAAUAAAUUCGACCAUAACAUGCUACACAAAAUAUGAUAUAGAAGUUUUCACGAAAGAUGAAAAGCUCAGAAGCCAAGUUAAAGAUAUACUUCAAAAUUUAUCAAUCAAAUUACAGAGAUACUAA